AUGGCCGUCUGGCAGUGGUACAAGGGCAUCACGCCCAAGACGCGGGUGAUCAUCGGAGUCGGCAUCAUGGCGUACGCGGGCGUGGGCUUGUUCCUGUCUGACAAAGCGGAAGAGAAGUUUGGGCUUGUGCCGACUGAAAAGGACAAGGAAGAUUUGCGAAAUGCGCUGCCGAAGAUCACGACUGUCGAGAAAGGGGACCGAUAG